AUGGAUCCUUCGAAUCGCCCACAGAGCAACAUCAACAACUGCGAUGAGCCGGUCUCGCCGCGAACAUGUCCUCACAACUAUACUGCCACGCUGAACAAUAACAGCUUGUCCCUGAACGCAGGACCAGACACCGGUAGGUUUCGACGCUCCUCUGCACCGCCAUAUACUCCCAAAGAGACACAUCAGCAAGGCAAACCCUGUCAGCGACUGAUCAAAACGCGUAUCCUACAGUACACAGGGCACACGCUCGGGAAGCGAGGCAACCAACGCUACCUCCUUCCUCCACCACCUAAACGACGCUGUCUGCAUUCCGAGCGCGCUCCCUCCGACCCAUCCCUCCAGCAUCUUUCCUCCUAUCCAGACAUCUAUCCCACAGCUGAUCGUGACCAAGCCCAACGCGCCAACCCCUUCGUGACCACCUACCACACCGACCCCGACCUCUCCCGACUCCCCCUAACCGCCCUUGAAUUCGCCUCCAUCGUGCUUCCCCCCGAGCCCGAACGCGACUGGAUCGCCGCCAUCGGCUUCGGCAACGACAACCCUGCCUCCACGAACCACCGCAACCUCAACGUGGUAGGCGUGCAUCCGCUGUUCCGCCAACUGCUGCGCCCGGCCCACGACGGCUGCAACAGCUGGCACAACAGCCGGGCGUUUCCGGACCUGUGGCGCGCGGCGCAGCUGGCGACCCGCUUCCUGAGCAACCAGCACACACUGGCGUUCUUCCACAAGAUCCUCUUCCAAGAGCCCGCGCUGCUGGAGCGGGAAAGUGAGUUCUACGGCGUGGACGUGCUGCAUCUGGCGGAGGCGCCGGAGGACACGUACGGACUGACGCAGCAGCAGAAGACGGUGACAACGGACGCGCUCGCGGCGCUGGCGCCGCAUAUCGCCAUCGCUUUCGCCACGGGCGCCGACACCCAUGCGGCCACGACCUGGGCCUACACCACGCGUGUCCCCUCUAGCAACCCGACCGCAACGCUCACAGCCCGCAGACAGCGCCACAAACCCCUCCUCACAGCCCGCACCACGCCACCCCCAGCCCAGUCCACCACCACCUUCAUCGACCCCGCCGCCCCCUCUCCGGCCGACAUCGCCCACCCCCACGCCUGGAGCCCACACCACUUGCCCGUCCUCGACAGCUACCACCCGCAAACCGCCCUGGUCCGCAGCCUAGGCUUCCGCGGCACCAACGCGCGCAUCGCCCUCUCGCCCCUCUUCCUACGCCUCCUGCACCGCCACUCCCACGCCCCCACACCCCCCUUCCACGCGCGGCAGUACGCGCUUUUCUUCCUGGCCGUCACGCUCGUGCACGAGGUCGCCCACGCGGCGUGGAUGUGUCGGUGGCCCGCCCCUGCUGCUGCUGCUGCUGCUGCUACUGCCACUACUGACGGUCACCCAGCAGAAGGCCGGAAAGAGGAAGAGGAAUACGAGCCUUUCGUCGGAUCCCAUCGCCGCGCUGAGCUGGGCCACGCGUGGGAGGCGAGUGUUUUUGGCGGGAAUUGCGUCGAGGUCCUGGGCCAGCGCGCGGCAAGCGCCGGUGGGGCGGAUAGGGACUGGAGCGACGUGUUCUCGCUGGGCGUCGGAGUUCGGACGUGGCCGGAUGGGAGGGAGCAGAUGGUCCGCUGUGGGGUUUGGGAGGGGGUGGUGCCUUUGGCUCGACUCGUCGAUGAUAGCGUCGAUGCGGGUGAUUGUGACUUGGAGGUCGAUGAGAGCAGCGGGGAGUUGGCGUGCCCAAAGGCGCAGAGCGGCGAUCGCUGGGAGACGCUGCGCAUCGUGCCGUUUCGCUUCGUGGCGGGCUUGUUUCAGGAGGCGUUCUGGGAGUGGGCGGAUGACACGACGGUGAGGGUGAAGGAGGGGAGGGAUGUGGCUGCUGGUGGAUGUCGACCGCGGCGGAAGCGGGAGGUGCAGCAGGAAGUGGUGCCGCCGUUUCGUCGGUGGAUGGAGAGGCAGGUGCGGAGUUGGGUGGGCGUAAGGUUCGAGAAUGUGGAUUGGAAUAUGCUGCGUGGGGCGAGGCCGGGGGAUUAUGAUGUUGAGAUGGAGGGGGUUCGGGCGGAAGAGGAGGAGCAUUAG